AUGUCCCCAUCCCCGCCCUCGACCUCCCUGCCCGCCUUGCACCCCCUCCCCUCUCCCUCCUCUCUCCUGGCACCCAUCUCCUCACUCACAACCUUCCUCUCCCCCUCCUCCUCCGUCGUCGACCUCCGCCCGCCCGUCUCCUCCUACAACCCCUUGCAAGCCGAAGAAGAACAAGAAGCGGACGAGUUCGAAGCGCGAUAUGCGAAAGGGUGGUUGGAGAGGGUCGUUGCGCUUGGAGCGAGGCAGGAUGCGAGAGGGGAGGAAGGGGAGGGGUGGGAGAGGGUGGUGGAGAGCGCGGCGAGGGUGUUGGCGGGGUUGUUGGGUCCUUCUGCCCAAGGCUCCGUGACGAAGACGUAUCUCCUUCCUAGGGCGACUAGACACCUUGAGACCAAGCCAUCCGAGACCAAGCCAUCCAUUCCAUCUUUCCCCUAUCCAAGUCCACCGCCAACUCGCCCCGCCUCGACAGUCCCUUUCGACCCUUCCCAUCCUGUGCAACUUUUCCCACCUCCUACAUCCUCCGACAUAGCCCUCACGAUCCGCGACGGCACGCUCGUAGAAGCCUCGACAGGCCACCGAACAUGGGGCGCUGCGACUCUCUUCUCUCACCGCCUCGCCUCAUCACCUUCGACCUUCCUUCCUCUCUCACCCUCCGAUGAACGCCCGCUCCGAGUCCUCGAGCUGGGCAGCGGGACGGGAUUGGUCGGACUUGCGACGGCGAAAGUACUGCAGGCGCUGGACGUCCCUGCGCGGGUUGUCCUUACCGACGGAGGCGACGAGCCGGAUACGGUCCUUGCGAACCUGGGAGAGAACGUCGAGGCGAAUUUUCCUCUGGCCGAGUCCGCCGACUCUUGCGUCAAAGUCGAUGUCCAGCGACUGGAUUGGCGGGACUACCUUCCCGCUUCUCUCUCGUCCGUCUCUCUCGCGCACUCGCAUUCGCAAGCAGAACGCUACGACCUCCUCCUCGGCACCGACCUCGCCUACGAGCGCGGACAAGCGACGCUCCUCCACUCGGCCGUCGCAGGUCUCUUGCGCUUCCCCUCCCACUCUCUCGACCAAGUGAAGCCAGUCUUUUGGCUCACUAUCGCCCUCCGACCGACUCACGCCGCAGAAAUCGCAGAAGUCGACUCGCUCUUCCCCUCCUCCUCUUCCUCUCCCCUCGACCCAUCGCUCAGCCGGCACUACGAAGGGAAAGCCUAUCGCCUCGUCACUACUGCUACGGAGGAGAUGGUCGGACCGGAUGGGUUUGCGGGACGCGCGGUGAGAGGACGGAUGGCGGCGAGGGGGGAGAUGCGCUAUAGGAUUUAUAAGGUCGAGUGGGAGGAAGUUGGGCGGGCUUAG